CGGUUAUAGGUGAGGUCGCUGCCGACAGCUCCUGUGCGAUGCACCUCAUCGUGCAUCGGCCGUCAAUCCUAUAGAGCCUCCCAGAGAAACCCAGAUUCAACUUCAAAAUGGCGGCCGGAUGGCUGAAGAAGCAUCGCCGACGUUGUAUGUGGCGGACGGCGAAGCGCAGUUUCCACUGCUCAAUGGGACUCCUCAUACACAAACAGCCCAGUCGGCUGCUCCGCCGACCCCUCCUUCUGUGUCUGCUGUUUCGUACAGGAUAUCUGCCAUCGAUUCGCUUGCCCCCACCUUCUCUCCUGACACUACAACUGCUGAACGCGUUGAUCAUGUGAAGCCUCCUCCCGCUAAGCGGGUCAAGAGCUUCUCGGACGCUGCAAAGUCAUCGAUCACCAACACUGGUGUUCCAACCCUAGUAUCAGCGUCUCUUGUGUCGCAACCCGCCGUAGCGUCCAAAGAUGACAUAUUCGCAGAACAGUUCAAGUUCUGUGACAUGAUUCUCGAGGAGCUGCGCAAGAGGAGCGAUGUUAUUGCCAGCCCGUUCGAAGAGCCAUCCGACUGGGUCAACACCGCCGUUCCUCAGUACCAAACGAUAGGCUUGUCAACCAUCAGGCAGAGGCUGCACCACGGCGAAUAUGCUGCUCCUGAGAAUUUCCGAGAAGAUUUCAAGCUAAUGAUCAGAAACGCGCUAUCCUUGAACCCGCCCAUGAGCCCAGUUCACGAGGCAGGCAAGGCGCUCGAUCGUUUCUUCGAUGAGAAGUGGCGGGACCUUCCGCCACUACAUUGGCAGGAUAUUUCUGACGACGAGUAUGACUACGACAGCGAGGAGGAGCGUAAACGUUUGGUUGCGAGCAUAGAGAGGCAGAUCAUGGAAAUGAAGAGAAACUUUGACUCCAUGAAGAGAAACGCCACGAAACCGUAUAAGGAGAGGGGCAAGAAAAAGAACGUCGCCGCACCCAGGAUAAGUCCAUACAAAUCCAUAUCGAAGCAGCGUAAGAUGGUGAAGAACAGGCGUGAGAAGGCCGAGAAGCCGACGGAUUUUGACGAUGUUCUGAGUUUCGAUCAGAAGAAGGAUUUGGUUGAUACCAUUGGAACGCUGGAGCCUGGCGCGAAGCUUGAGAAGGUCAUCCAAAUCAUUCACAACGCAGUGCCUGAAUAUUGCAAUACCGCUGAAGACAUGGAGGUGGAGAUCGAUAUCCUCCCUCACCAUGUACUUCUCGAGCUCUACGAGUUCGUCAUCCGGCCCUUGCGAACGCCCGCGACAAAGCACACCCGGGUUCGGAAGGGGAUAGGCUCCCGCGUUAUGAAACGCAAGAGCAUGGAUGAGGAGAUCGAAGCGGGCAUUGAGCUUUUCGGAGAAGGUGUGCUCCCAAGUCAGACGAGCGAUGCAACUUAUCGCGAGCGCAACGAGCAAUCCUCGAAGGAGUCCAGCUCGGAGAUGAUGUUAACGAGCGACUUGGAGUAAUCAAAUGAGCGUAGACGUGGCUUCGUUCAGUCUUCAAACGUCUCUGUUUGUGUACUCUUCCUGAUCAUUGCAGAUGAGAUGUUCAGACUCGGUUGUUUUAUCGAGCAGUCCUUGCUUUUCUCAAGUGUUGGCCGAUUCAACUUUCUCUCUGCUUCAUUCACAUUGUAAGAGUAUUGCUUGUAUGAGUUGGAAUGUAUAGUAGUGAAUGUGCACAGUCCUUU